AUGUUUUUUGUGUUUUUUAUUUUAUCCUUCUAUAAUUUAACUGAGAUUCUACUCAACGCCGAGUUUGUUGUAUCAUUAAAUGUUAUUUCUUCCCUAAAAACUAGUAAAAUAGCUUUCAACACCCAUGAAGACUUUAAUAAUACAAAAUUCAAAAACACAUCUGAGAUCAAAGUGGAUUCAGGAUACAAACCUUUCUCAUUUAUAACAAAUUGUUGGAAUUUUAACACUUUUAACACAAAACCCGAACAUAAAAUACAAACAAAUGUUAAAAAACAUAACAAAACUUGUAAAAUAAAUCGCAAUUUGAAAUUGUUCCUUGAUAGAAAUGAUCAACACACAAAUUCAUAUGGUACUCAGAGAGAUUCUAGAGAAUCCGAAGACCAUUUAGAAAAUUAUAAUGAAGAUAAAUUUGUAAAUAAUGGUGAGGAACUUGAAGAAGUAGGUAAGGAUGAGGUACGCAAGCUUGGCAAGAGAUCGAGAUUGAAGUUUUCUGAUUAUUUCAUCUCGACGCCUCCAUGGUCAGCAGCAGAUGAUCUCAGGGUUCCAUACAUGAUGAAUAAAGAAGAUUUGACACUUUCUUUGGAAAAAUGGCCUGAGAAUUGCUUUCUCAGAGUGAAAAUAUACUCGUACUAUAGGCAUCUGGCCAGCCUGGCUGUAAAGAGAAUACAGCUAGGAUUAAAGGAUAUCCCUAAUCUCAAGGUUACUAAUCCCAUGGCACUACCUAUGAGGAGGAAAAGAUGGUGUUACCUAUCAUCUCCAUUUGUGGACAAGAGAUCUAAGGACCUUAUUGAGAUCCAAGAGCACGUAAGGGUAGUGGAUAUUGUCCCUGUGGAUAAAGGGAACCCAAGGAAUUUCACAGGUUUACUUAUGGUUCCCAUGCCGGAAUUCGUUAGCUUUGAUUACUGGUUUGAAGAGGUUCACAAACCUGUCAAGAGUAGGCUGAUCCAUGACCUUUUUAAGGACAGGAAAUGGGUCUCCAAAUAUUUCCUAUAUCACAGGGAUAAGCAUGAGAAGAAGGAUCUCAUCGACAAGUUGACAUCGCCUGAACUGGUUAAUGAAAUACCUUUGCGGUGGAAAAGAAAGCACAAACUGGACUAUUUUUUCUUACAGCUUUGCGAAUUGAGGAAACUUUACAAUUUCGUCGUCACCAGGAAAGCUGAGGAUGAAGCUCGCAGGUUUUAUAACGUGAAGAUGCCGGAUAUUUGGCAGGUCGACGACGUAAGGUUCAUUGGAACGCAAGAGGACAGACGGUUCGACCCUGACUACACUAACGUGGACAAGCUUUAG